GGCGGCGCCGCGGGGGUCGCCGCCGGGGGCAGCCCGCAGGCGGGUGUGAGGAUGAGCCGCGGCGGGGGCCGAGGGCCGUGCUCCGAGCGCACAGGGAGGCUGCGGAGGUGAAGCCUCUGCUCCCUCGCCGGGCGGGAUGGAGACUCUUGGCGCUGCAGAGGACGUGUUUUAUGAGGAGGAGGAGGAGGAGGAGGAGGUGAACUGCUACGACUUUGAGCCUCUGCCGACGCUGCUGGAGGACGAGGAGAAUGUGUCCCUUGCUGAUAUUUUGUCACUGCGGGAUAGCUGUCUUACUGAGCAAGAUAUUUGGGCAAUUUGCCUGGAGUGUUGCCAUUCUUUGAAGAGCAUUGCCCAUUCUGCAAUCUUCCAGACACUCUGCAUCACUCCUGACACUUUGGCUUUUAACACCAAUGGCAAUGUAUGCUUCAUGGAACAGCUCAGUGAUGAUCCAGAAGGUGCCUUUGUUCCACCAGAAUUUGAUCUCACCGGUAACACUUUUGAGGCACACAUCUAUUCUUUGGGUGCAACACUGAAAGCAGCAAUAGAAUAUAUUGUAGAACCUGAGACAGAAUCAGAAUUCGGACAAGAUCUGCACACUCUGCUGGAACAAAUGCAAGAAGACAAUCCUGAAAAUAGGCCAGAUAUUGAGAGCAUUUUGUCAUUAUGUGAAGAAAAAAUGAAGAUUGCUUCAUCAAGUAAUAUUUGUCGAAACUUGUCUGCUGUUGGAAGAAGAGUUCUCUCAAUUGAAUCAUUUGGUGCUUCUCAAGAUGUCUGUGAUAACAUGUGGAAAGGAAGAAUGUGUCAGAGGAAUUCAGGAUCUAAAUUAUAUUCAAAUGAGAAAAACAACAUUGCAGGUGAUUCGUCUGCAAUGGAAGAGGUGACAACUGCCUGUCAUAACAACUCUUCUGUAGUUACCAUGGUGACUGGCAGAGAAAGUGGUUUAAAGGAAAUGCAAAUUGAUCCGGAUAAUGAGAAAACUCAACAUUCUCAACUUGAAACUCAAACUGAAAAGAGCAAAGAAGAGGACAAACACGCAGUGUAUACUGACAGUUUUGCUAGUGUUGCUUUGGAUAUAAAAUCAUGUGUUAUUGACCUGGAGAGAGAUUGCCUUUUUAAGAAAGGUUCUUUGAGAAAAAUGAAAACCUUUCCAAAGCUACCACUUGAACUUGCAGAUACAAAUAACUUUUUUACUUCUGUAAUCAACAGUGGACCACUAGAUAGGAAAAAUCACUUCAUAACACAAGAGUCACUACCUCCAGACAAUAAUAAUGAGGUUGCUUUUUCAAAGGGAAAUCUCAAUUCAUUUGCUGUCAGUAGUCCACCAGAAAUAGAAUCAAAGAAUCACCAAUCUGAUGAUCAUCAUUUAGAGGCACCAUGUGUAUGCACACAAGUGUCUGGCCUGAAUCUAGAAGAACAUAUGUCACUUAUCAAUGGUAAAAAGAUAGGUUUUUCUUCAUCUGAUCACAAAGAAGACUCUUCUGGUGCUACCUCUGAAGGGCUAAAACCAGCUGAUAUGCUAAAAGGCCCAAAUCAGUCCAUUGCUAGAGCAAAAAUGCCAGACAACUACAUGGUGUUGGAAGUCUGUUCUGAAACUUUUCAAGGGUCAAAUGAAAAUUAUGUACCACAUUUUAACACGAUGGAUUCAGUGUUAACAACAAAACCCAGUGGGAACAGACAUGGAUCAAACCUAAUUGGGCCACCAGAAUUAAGCAACGGUGUGAUGAGUGCAAACAAUAAUGAAGAUAAUCUUUGUGGAGGCAGAGGUUCAGAAAUCAAAAGUAACGAGCAGCAUCCCAGAAAAUGGAAUUUUGCUAGUCUGCACACUUUAAGAGUUAAUAUUGGAAACAUGUGGAUCUCUCUAAAACUCCUGUUGUCCUGGUAUGGUAGGCCUCUGAAAGACUAUGAACUCUGGGCAUUAUGUCAUGAGUGUUUAUGUACUCUGCAGACUUGCAUAGAUUAUCCAGUGGUCUUAUGUUUGGACUCUGUGCUGAUUGACUGCCAUGGAAGGAUCCUCUUUGCUGCUCCAAAAGCUGAAGAAUCUUGUGAUGUAUUUUAUUUAGCUCCUGAAAUUGAAGAAGAGGAUGUGGAUACUGAGAAGGUCUUUGUUUAUGGUGUUGCUGCAGUUCUGUGGAUGGCUGCAAAAUACAGUGUUCCACUGAGUCACAAAGUAGUAUUGCCAAGAAAAUUUAAAAAACUACUUCUGGAUAUGGCAAGAAAAAACCCUGAAGAAAGACCUUCUCUAACUGCUGCAAUUAAGACAUGCAGUCAUUAUUUACUUGAACAAGGUAUAAACAGCAAAAAUAUCUUGACAUUAUUGGGUAAACCCAUCUUUAAGGCUGUUGAGGAAGAAGUCUUGUCUCAAGAUCACAUCGCUUUUAAAUUUAAAAAUGAAAAAUAUGAAAUGGACACUUCAGAGUCAAGUCUAGGAUUUGUGCCUUUUACCAGUGAAAGUAAACUUGUUGCAGUUAAAGGACCAGUACCAUGCCAGAUUUCACUUAAUUGUGAGAAAGCAACAUUACCUGUGGCAUUCACCUCUCCUGCAACUCACUUUAAGCCUAUUAUUUUGCAACAAGAUGCAAAUAUAACAAAAGAGGUUCAAACACCAGUUUCUGCCCAAUGCAAGAAAGAGACAAGGAAAGAAAAACAUAUGGACCACAACAAAUCAGUGUAUAUAGGAGACUCCAAAAACUGUGGUAUUGAGGAUACAGGUGUUGUUGAAACUGUACCGGAAACACCUGAGUGUGAUUUACAAGUUCCAAGCCACUCAUUCCAGAUGUCUUCAGAAGAGCAAAACUCAGGCAAUAUGUUUGCUUCUACAGUUACAUUACCAUCACCAUCUGAUUCCUCACAGGCUCUGCAAGAGAAAAGCAUUUCAUCUGAAGAUCCCUCCAGCUCUUUAGCUUGUCCUACAUCUCCUAAUUUUCUUCAUAUAAAUAACAUCAUUCUCAAACAGGACUCAGAAAAAAGAGUUCUGACAUUUGUACCAGUACAUUUGGCUGUAUCAGAGCAAAUACCACAUAAGCCUCUUCACUCAAGAAUUGCUUAUGAUUGCUAUCACAGUUUGCCAGUGCUACUUUCCAGUACUAUUGCAAGCUAUAAAAUGAGCAUGCAAGCAGAAAAUGAUGCCUCCCUUUACAAUGUGCAAAGUCAUGAGACUACUAAUACAGAGAACCAGUCUGAUAAAAGUAGCCCAAUUAUUCAAACCGACUGCCAAGAAACAGAGUGUGCUACCAGCAUAGACAGUUUUUUCACUGAACAAGAGCACACACCAUGUACUUCAGUGAGUAAAGACAGCUAUAAUUUCUUCAGUGAUGAAGUCCUGCCCCAUCAGAAUACAACAAGUGACACUUUACUACAGGAAGUGAUUCAUCUUAUACAAGAGGAGUUUGCAUUUGAUGGUUAUUUAGAGAAUGGAGCUGAAGUUUUUGAUAUGGGUAACUUCAUUUUAAACUUAAAGGGAAUUAAGUUUGGUAUGUUCUCUGAUAGAAUUUGUGAGAAGUUUUGUGACCUCUACUGGGAUGAAAAGUUACUGGAGAAUCUCUAUCAGGUAGUAAAUGGAGGAAGAUCUUCACAUUUAUGCAUCACUGAGACAGAUGAAGCAAAAUGCGACAAUACAUUCCAAGAUGUGAAGAAACCUGAAAGCUUUUUGGCAAGCAGUGAUCAGACAGAGGGAAAAGAGGAAGCAGACUUUGAUGUGAAGGCUGAGCCUGUGAUAAAAACAUCAUUAGUUGAAAUGGAUCUUGAUGAGUCACCUUUGGAUAAUAUCAAAAAUGAAUUGACUCUGCAGAGUACAAUCCCCAUAGCAAAAGAGCAACAGUAUUUGCAAAGCAACAGCUGUGGUCCAGGCUUUGCAGAAAAAAAUGCAAGUUCAGAGGAACAGGCCAUGAUAAAGACAGCUAGAAACAGUUACCUGGCAUCUCCCAAUCUCCCUGACUUUUGUGGCUGUAGUCCUGGUUGGAGCAGUGCAUUUUAUGGAGCUGAAUGUUUUGAUUCAGAAGUUCAUAGUUACUUGAAAAACCUUGGAAAGCAGAAAUCAAGUGAGUUACAAAAUAUAGAUGCUAAAAAAGUGGAACUAGAACAAUUGCUAAUGAUGGAGACAAAAAAUUACAGAAAGACCAUAAAGUUUUACCAGAAACUAUUGCAGAAAGAAAGAAGGAGGAAAGGUCCUGAAACUAAAUCUAUGCUGCCCAAACUGAGAGGACAGCUACAGGAGAUGAAAUCAAAAGUGCAGUUUCUUGAACUGGUAAAGAAAUAUGUGCAGAUGAUGUAUGCAGAGCAGUGGGGUGUGGAAUCCUGCGUGCUUCCUACAGUCAUUCACAAUGGGAAAGCUGACACCGUGGACAUGGCACCUAUGGAUGAAUCAUCAUUGCUGCUUUACUAUAACACAGAGAAACAGCAGUGUCACAAUCAAAACGGAGUGAGAGUUCUGCAGGCUGGAACACCACUUGGCUUGAUGGCUUAUUUAUAUUCUAGAAAUGCCUUUUUAGAAGGUUAUGUGCAGCAGUUUCUUUAUACAUUUCGUUAUUUCUGCACACAAGAAGAAUUUUUGCAGUUUCUUCUUGAUAGAAUCAGCAGCACUUUAUCCAGUGCAAGCCUGGAUCCUUCCACGUCCCUUACCAAAAUAUGUAACCGCAGUUUCUACAUCCUGCAGGCAUGGAUUGAAGACUGUUACAGUGUAGACUUUGCAACAAACACUGAUCUUCUGGGUACCCUAAAAGAAUUUAUUUCUUCCAAGGUUGCUUCAUUAAAUGGCUACGGGGAGCGCUUGUUGUCACUGCUCGAGGAUGCCUCUGCCAGGAAAAGUGGCAGUGCACAUCUGUGCUCUGGUGUGCACAAAUGUGAAGAAGAAAGUGAGGAAGGCAGAAAAACAUUACAUUCCCUAUGUAAAAAGCUCUCAGAAGAUGUUUCCAGAAAGAACUUCUACUGGAAGCUAUCCAAAGGUAUGGGACCAGUUGCACAGUAUCAGAGACAGCGACUGCACACAGGUUCAGCAGUUUUGCCAAAGCCCUGCUGCAGCAGUGUCACAGAAGAUUCUUCAGUCUCCUUAGCUAGAGCAGAUGAAGUGGGGCCAGUUCUCUUGAUGGAGUGCAGUGCCCAGCAGCUUUGCUGGCAGCUGACCCUGCUGCAACAGGAAGUAUUUAAUAAAUGCCACCCAGUACACUUCCUAAAUUCCAGAGCACUUGGUGUUAAAGACAAAUGUGUUGCUGUGCCAAAGGCAGUUUCUACUGAGACAGUUUCACUUAAAGUCUGUAAUCUUUUUCUGUCGAAGUGCAUACAAGACCAGUACCUUCUGCAAUUAUUGAAAAAUGCAGACAGUAUCAGCACCUGGGUUGCUGCUGAAAUUGUAACAUGUCACACAACUAAGUGGCAGGUGAGCUUGUUAUCAAAAUUUCUUCUCAUAGCAAAAUGCUGCUAUGAACAAAGAAAUUUUGCUACUGCAAUGCAAAUCCUAGCAGGCUUGGAAAAUCUUAUUAUACGACAGUUGCCAGCCUGGAAAAUUCUACCUGCAAAAGUAGCUGAGAUAAUGGAGGAGCUCAAGGCUGUUGAGGUGUUUUUAAAAAGUGACAGCUUAUGUCUGAUGGAAGGAGACAGAUUCAAAACUCUUCCAACAAUUCCGUCAGCCCAUGUUUUGGCUAUGCAUGUCCAGCAGCUUGAAACUGGAGGAUUCACAAUGACAAAUGGAGCUCACAAGUGGACUAAACUUAGAAAUAUUGCAAAAGUUGUGAGCCAAGUUCAUGCCUUUCAAGAGAAUCCUUAUACAUAUGCACCAGAUUUCAAGCUGCAGUCUUACCUCAGACAAAGAAUAACUCGUUUUAAAGAUGCAGACAUUUCUGCCUUGGCAGCUGACAACUGUGCCAACUUCCAUCAGAUACCAGCAGAAAAACAUUCUCGAAAAAUUCAGGACACACUGCGCAGGAUGAAAGCAACAUUUCAGUAAUUAUUUAUGUUUCAUCUGUUCUGUUCUGGGUCUAGACUGUAAAACUGGAUUGAGUUGACUUCAUCUACUGGACCUAAUUCCAAGAAAAUACUUAAGUGAAGCAAGAUAAAAUGCUUUCUCAAGUUGAAAUUAUUGUAUUUCAUAACAUGGAAUUACAAAACGCUGACUUAUGAGAUUUGAAUCACUGGCAACUGAUUAAAAGAAGAAAAACAAAGAUAAAAUUAAAGAGUAUAGAUGAAAAGCCUUAUUAAUUUUGUUACUCUUCUUUAGCAUAAAUAAUUAAUUAGCCUGAAAACCAAUAUCUAAAAAAUACCAGCUUCUAUUGCCAAUCUGGCCUAGGAGAGUUCAAAACAUAGUUCAUUAACUGUUGAAUCUAUUUUUAUAUAAACACAGUACACUUAUAUCCUGUCACAUUGUGCAUAUAAUUCAGAAACACAGAUCCUCUGCUAUUCAUUGGCUGUUGGUGUGUCUUGCUUUUAUGUUGUGUAUUAUGAAAACUGUAACUGACAUAAAUAAUUGGCUGUCUAUUUCUCCUUACCAAAGAAGGAGAGGAAUGCUAUCGUUCAACUUUUUUUUUUUUUUAUUGUUUGAUUAAAGUCAUCAGACUAACCUAUUUCCAAAUGAAAGUAAGAUCUGGAUGUAAGUAUUAGCAAUUCAUUGCUCUGCUUCUGCGCUCCUGGCAUUGUGAAGACAGUAAAUGUGAAACUGCUUUUUCAUCUGUAUUUGGCACAAGAGUCACUUUGCCAAUUUAUGUCUGUCUGCACAUUUGAGUAUGGCUUUUGCUCCUGAGGUUGUUUCUGUAGAUCACAGUGCUCCAGCAGCAUCCAAUACAAGAUAACCAUGUGAAAUUUGGAUCUUCAACUUGUAAAACUCUGGUGCUAACCUAUUCAUAGAGCUUAUACUUACAAGACCUUCUAAACGGCCAUGAAAUGUGUCGCUAUUGCUAGAAAAUUUGUUGAGCUACUCAGGAUUAUGCAAGGCCAGAAUGUUAAGGCUAAAAAUCAAAGUUCAAAAGUUCAAAAUACACGUAUUUCUACCAGAGGGAGCAAUGGUAGUGCCGAAUGAGAAGUAGGGCAAGACAUGCUUGAGCACUCUUCUGAAAGUGAUUUGCUUAGAACUGUGUUAAAAAAAAGGUUUUGAGAGAAGGGAAGGGCAGAAGUGAACUAAGUAUCUCAUCAAAUGUUAGUGAUAGAGAAGGAUAACAAUGUAAGAAAUGGGAGUGUAUACAUGUCUGGUAUUUUGCAAUUGUACUGUUGUGUUUGACAGAAAUGCAUGUGCACAUGCUAAACUGUAGCUUUCUCAAUGUAUAAGAGGAAGGCUUUUCCUUUUCUUUGUCAGUAACAGCAAUAUUAUAUCUCAACUCUCUCCCAUCUUCCUCAGUAAAUACACGGCGUGGCCAUACUUUCCUUUAAAUACUGUUAUUUUUUCUUACUAAUACAAUACUACUAACUUUUAGCUCUUACUGGUUUAAACGCUGAAGGACUUGGUCCUCAACAGAGUUUUCUUGCUUUUGUUCUACAUUUAAUAUGAUUUAUUUUAUUUACCAUAUGUAGGUUUAACAUGUCAUUAAUUAUAGUAUUUGGACUUAGCCUGAGGGAAGUAAAUCAUGUUGCUAUUUCUCUAAAAAUUGUCAAAUGUGAAAACAUUAAAUAUUUACCUCCUACCUUCAUGAUUUAAGAAUGUUAAUAAUAACAUUAUCUUCAGACAUACAUUUCACAUAUUCUAUCUGUAUGCAUUUAUUUUUAAAAAUUGGUUUUGUUAGUAGUUUUUGGGGUUUUGUCAAUUAAAAAUUACCAUUCGCUUAAACCCACACCUUGCCUUUGAACGACAAUAAAAUUGUAAGUAGCAUAAGUUUUACUAAUGUAAAAUACUCCACAAGACUUGCUAAUCACAUGAUCUUAAUAAAUUCAUUUUAUACAGUUACCAGUCAGA